CAGACGGAGUGUGAACUCAGCAGAGCGCACACAGCUUGUAGCCGUGCUUCACGCAAAUGCACAAGUUGAUGUGUGCAACAGAUCAGUCUGAGAGAGCAUCAGGCGAAUUGAGUUCUAAUGUUUUCACGUCAGUGAGUCGUCGUCAAAUCCUGGACUUUUCCAGUUCAUGUGAUAUCCGUAGUGAUCAUUUCACCACUGGAAAUGCGCUGGAAUCAAUCACAAGGAAAAUAACUUCAGAACUAACAUCCAGGAUUUGCUAUGGUCAAGUUUUGAAAAGCAGCGCUUGAAACAUUUUUGUGGAUUUACUUUCACGGAGCUUACUGGAGAUUUCCCCGAAAAUGAAUACUAGUAAAGGAAACGUUUUUUGCGGUUUUGUACAACUUGUUUUGGUUGUGUUUUUGACGCAAUUCGUUUCAGGAAAGACAUUGAAAUAUAAGGUAUACGAAGAACAGAAGGUAGGCACUGUAAUUGCAAGACUUAAAGAGGACGUUUCUGAUGUUUUAUCCAAACUGCCUAGUUCCAUCUCUCUGCGCUUCCGAGCAAUGCAAAGAGGGAGCACAUCUUUUCUGUCAGUCCGGGAGCGAGAUGGGGAAAUUAGCAUUGGAGCUAAAAUCGACAGAGAGAAGCUGUGCGAGAAGAACCUCAAUUGUUCCAUCGAAUUCGACGUAAUUACACUCCCGACGGAGCACUUGCUAUUGUUUCAUGUAGAAGUGGAAGUGCUGGACAUUAACGACAAUUCACCACAGUUUUCACGUUCCAUAAUCCCAAUUGAAAUAUCAGAAAGCGCUGCGGUGGGGACAAGGAUUCCACUGGACAGCGCUACGGAUCCAGACGUCGGUGAGAACUCCCUGCACACUUAUUCUCUGACUCCAAACAACUUUUUCAAAAUUGAUAUUCGCACAAGAACUGAUGGGGCCAAGUACGCAGAGCUUGUUGUGCUCAGAGAGCUGGACAGGGAGGUGCAGUCCAGCUAUGAACUCCAGCUAACGGCUUCGGACAAAGGCGUGCCUCCCAAGUCUGGUUCAACGCUUCUUAAAAUUACUAUAUCAGAUUCCAACGACAACAGCCCAGUUUUCGAAGAGCAAUCGUACAUUAUCAAUCUGCUUGAAAAUUCACCAUUGGGGUCUCUCCUUAUUGAUCUUAAUGCAACGGAUGCAGACGAGGGUACAAAUGGCAAAAUAGUGUACUCAUUCAGUAGCCACGUCUCACCCAAAAUUUUAGAGACAUUUAGAAUAAACUCAGAAAAUGGUUAUUUAACGCUUAUUAAGGCAGUGGAUUUUGAGACUACUGCUUCUUAUGAGAUUGAUGUUCAGGCUCAAGACCUUGGACCCAAUUCAAUGCCAGCACACUGUAAAAUUAUCAUUAAAGUGGUUGAUGUGAACGAUAACAGACCUGUAAUCAGUAUUAACUUAAUGACGCAGGGGAAAGAAGAGGUGGCCUACAUAUCCGAGGCAGCCCCCGUAGACACAUUUGUAGCUCUGGUGAGGGUUGAAGACAUUGACUCAGGCUUAAAUGGAGAGAUUGUGUGCCGGCUUCAUGGCCAUGGACACUUCAAGCUUCAAAAGACUUAUGAAAGAAACUACAUGAUCUUAACUAAUGUUUCUUUAGACAGAGAAAGGAGGUCUGAAUACAGUCUCACUGUAAUAGCUGAGGACAGAGGCAUUCCAAGUCUGUCCUCCAUUAAGCAUUUCACUGUCAAGGUUUCGGAUGAGAAUGACAAUCCACCUCGUUUUGAGAAGAACAGGUAUGAAAUCUUCAAGUCUGAAAACAACUCUCCGGGGGCCUACCUCACAUCAGUGGUUGCCAGUGACCCCGAUUUGGGCUCAAACGGACAGGUCACCUACACCGUUUUGGAGAGCUUUGUUCAUGGGAGCUCCAUCUCAACCUACGUCACUAUUGACCCCUCCAGCGGGGCCAUCUACGCGCUCAGGUCCUUCGAUCACGAGGAUGUCAGCCGGAUUGCCUUCGUUGUGCAAGCCAGGGACUCCGGGGACCCCCAACUUCAGAGCAAUACGACCGUGGUGCUCACCGUUCUGGAUGAGAACGACAACCCCCCGGUCAUCGUCAUACCGCAGCUGUGGAACCACUCGGCCGAUGUACCCGUGUCAAAGUAUGCGAGCGCAGGGGACCUGGUCACGGUCAUUCGAGCUACAGACCGAGACACAGGGGUCAACGCCGAGCUCACCUGCUCCAUCGUGACGGGUAACGAAGAGGGCUUCUUCACCAUCGACCAACGGAAGUGUGAGAUAAGGGCCAACACCAGCAUGGAGGUGGUGCCGCGGGAACACAUUGAACUCGCCAUUUUAGUCCAAGAUAAGGGGGCUACAAGGCUGAGCGCCAAAGCAGUUCUGAAGUGCACCCUUUACGAGACCAUGGAGAGCCACAAGCAGCCCGUGCCUACCAGCAGCAGCUACCCAGCCCUUGAUGUCUCCAUGAUCAUCAUCAUAUCCCUGGUAGCAAUCUGCGCGGUCCUCUUGGUCAUCAUGGUAAUGUUUGCUACCAGGUGUAACAGGGAAAAGAAGGACAUGCGCUCCUACAACUGCAGAGUGGCUGAGUCCACAUACCAGAACCACCCCAAGAAGCCCUCCCGGCAGAUCCACAAGGGGGACAUCACCCUGGUGCCCACAGUGAAUGGCACCCUGCCGAUCAGGGCCCACCACCGCUCCCCGUCAUCUUCGCCCACCAUGGAAAGAGGCCAGAUGGGCAGCAGGCAGAGCCAUCACAGCCGCCAAUCUCUGAACAGCCUGGUUACAAUAUCCUCCAAUCACAUCGCAGAUAACUUCUCCCUUGAGCUUGCUCAUGCUACCCCACCAGUUGAGCAAGUCUCACAGCUUCUGUCCAUGCUUCAUCAGGGCCAGUACCAGCCAAGGCCAAGUUUCCGUGGGAAUAAAUACUCGAGGAGCUACAGAUACGCCCUCCAAGAUAUGGACAAAUUCAGCCUAAAGGACAGUGGCAGAGGGGACAGUGAGGCGGGGGACAGUGACUAUGAUUUAGGGAGGGACUCUCCCAUUGACAGACUGUUGGGCGAAGGCUUUAGUGAGCUUUACCUCACAGAUGGGCAUCACAGGCUUCACCCAACGAUGAAGCUGUGUACGGACGAAUGCCGGGUCCUGGGGCACUCGGACCAGUGCUGGAUGCCCCCCUUGCCCUCGCCCGCCUCCUCAGACUACAGGAACAACAUGUUCAUCCCCGGGGAGGACAGCCAGCAGCCCUCGCUGGAGGACGACCAGCAGUCUGUGGAUUCCGGCGAGCGGAAGAAGAGCUUUUCCACGUUCGGGAAAGAACCCGGCGGCGAGGAGGGGGUCGGCGACCUGGGCAGUGACGCCUCCCUCCUCUCCGAAAUGAACAGCGUCUUCCAACGCCUCCUCCCGCCCUUGUCCAACGGAUACGCAGAGACGUGCAAGGAGCCAGAGCGGAACAGCUCCCUGGAGCGCCGGAAGGGCCACCUGCCCGGGAAGUCCAGCACGUACCCCCAAGGGGUGGCAGCCUGGGCAGCGAACACCCACUUCCAGAACCCGGGGAGCAGCAUGGGGCUGCCCCAGCCCAACCACGUGGGCAUGCAGGCCCCCCUCCGGUGGCUCCCGGCCAUGGAGGAGAUCCCCGAGAACUAUGAGGAGGACGAGUUUGAUGUCCUCGGCCACCUCCAGGUCAGCCGCAGUGACAGCAGGCAUGAAAUCAUGGACGCCAGCGAGCUGGUCGCAGAGAUCAACAAACUCUUGCAAGAUGUCCGGCAGAGCUAGACAAGCAAAGGGACCCUGUUCUUUUCCAUAUUUAUGGGAGUAGACUAAACAAAGAACUGCGCUCACCGUUCCGUUGCAUUUAUAAUGUGAAUGUGUCUGUGAAUGCUAACGAUUCAAAUAUGUUGUAUUUUAUUGUUCGGUACAGUGUACACAAAGUGAGUGUAAUGAUCUUUGUAUUUUAAAAAUACAUUUGUACUCUUUAUAUUUAUAUAUAAAUGUGUGUGUGUGUGUGUGUGUGUGUGUGUGUGUGUGUGUGAGAGAGAGAGAGAGAGAGCGAGAUAGGGAGAGAGAAUGUGUGUGCAAAAUUAAUCAAAGAAAAAUCUAUUUUUAUACUCAAAGUGCAUGUUGUAAAAAAUGUUUUUUGACAAUGUCUGAAAAAAGUGUUACUGUAAAUAAAAAGUAUGUAAUGGGCAUGAUUAUUUGGUUUGGGAUGUAGGUGGGAACAACAGAAACAUUUGGACAUAACCUGAAAGUAUUACUUUUGUAUUUGUAAUCUGGAAUGUUUUCUGAGUAACAGAAAAUAAAGAAGGGAUCAGCUGAAUGCUAAUAUUCCAUCCUGAAUGAUA